AUGACUGGUAGUACUGUGAUUAUUGAGCUUGUUGGACGUCUACUUGCUAUGCUUCUGCAUAUUCUGGGUUUAUAUCUUCUUCAAAACUCACGUUACAAUAAUGAAAAUCAAAAACUGUUGCUAACUCAUUUAAGUUUAUCAGAAGUUCUGCUGUGCCUAAGUGGUGCCCUGAAACAUGUUCUGACAUAUCUCAACGCAGACACAGCAGCAUUUUAUGUGUUUGCAUUGAAAAACACUGGAUUCUCUACGUUAUAUUACUUUAUGAUGUUGGCAUUGACUGUUGAUCGUUUUUGUGAGUUUUAUCUCAACAUUCGCUAUCCAAUAAUAUGGAAUUCCACUAAAACAAAGUAUAUAAUGGGAUUGAUUUGGAGUGUAAGCACGGCGUUUUGCAUUGUUAUAGUUUUAUAUAUACCAUCGAAUUCUAAUAUGGUAUACCUCAUCAGUUCGUUAUAUGUCUAUCCAGGAUGCGAGAUUUUAUGCAUGGUGGCUAUUGUAUUUACUUACGGGUAUCUAUUUAUGAAAUUACGUCAAAGUCGUCGAGUAACACAUUCGGCCAGCAUUUCUUCCUCAGCAAAAUCAUUACCAUCAGGAACGACAGACAAAUCUAACAGAAGCAAUGCAAGCGUGAAAAGAUCAAAAAGGCUUUUUGUGCCCACUUUCAUCAUACUGACAUUUGUAAUUUUCAUGGUAUUGCCAGAUCAAGUGUACUUCUACCUGUAUCUUCAAGAUAUUAACGUAUCUUCAAUUGUCCACGAUUUGUUUGCAAUAAGUUACUGCAUUGCAUAUGCAUCUGAUGCCAUUGUUUACAUAUUUAUGUCUCCGCAGGUGCGAAUGACAUUACUAAAAAAGAUCAGGCUACAAAGUUAUGCUUCAUGA